AUGUCCGAGACUAUUGAAGGUAACGUUAAAGUUGAAAGAUUGUCCGCUGGUGACGGCAAGACCUUCCCCAAGACCGGAGACUUGGUCACUAUCCACUACACGGGUACCUUGGAGAACGGUCAAAAAUUCGACUCGUCUGUCGACAGAGGAGCUCCAUUCCAGUGCAACAUUGGUGUCGGCCAGGUGAUCAAGGGCUGGGAUGCUGCUAUUCCAAAGUUGUCUGUCGGUGAAAAGGCGAGAUUGACGAUUCCAGGCCCAUACGCUUACGGACCUCGCGGUUUCCCAGGUCUGAUUCCACCAAACGCCACCCUGAUCUUCGACGUUGAGUUGUUGAAGGUCAAUUAG